GGCAGUGAGUGAGGAAGCGGAACAAAGAUUUUUGCAGGCGGAAAGGGGAAGUUGCGGCGCUGAGGAAUUCGGCGCUUGAUGUACCAGACCUAGAGGCGGUGCGUGUUAUAAUUAGUGUAUAGAUUAGGCGUAGGAAGGUGCCGUUUCUAGUAAAACGGAUUUGAUGGCAUUCCACAGCCUUUCUCACAAGAUGUCCGUGCCGCAGCAUUCUUCAGAGCCGCCGCCGCAGCAUUUGGAGCGAGGCAGCCAUGAACAGUUUCUGUUCCGGCAACGGGAGAAAGAGGACGACAAGGGAGACGUCUGCGUGCCGAACCUGAGAAGCCUUGUGCAAAGCGGUAAAGAAUUGGCCGGAGGAGGAGGAGGAGGAGGCGGAGGAGGAGGGGAUGGAAAGGCUGGAGCACCUACUUGGCUGAGCAGCGCCAUUUUGAGGCAGCAGAACCAGCAGUACGCUGAAGGCGGAGGAAGAGAAGAAAGCAGGAAAUGGUGCGGAUGCUGUGAGCCUGGCUCUCGUGGAUGCGUACAGUGCAGCUUUCUAAACCUUACAGGCGCGCCUUCCAAUUCCGCCACCGUGCCCGCUCAAUGGCUUCCCAGGGCCUUUAGGCGCGGCUCCGAGGUUCUUGGAGAGGAGGUCACCCCUGGCGAAUCCAUGAUGGCGCUUUCGCACGGCUCCGGAGACGUGAAGAAUCACUCUGCCAGAGGACUUGUGGAUCUUCACUCCUCUGAUACGGCCAACAGCGGCGACCUUCAAGUCGAUAGUGGCGGCGGCGGUGGAGGUGGAGAAAGGGAGGCGGACGACGGUAAUGAUAAUCAUGCGGCCGGGUUAUGGCAGAACGCUAAAUUUAAGGCUGACAUUCUCUCGCAUCCGCUUUACGAGCAAUUGUUGUCCGCUCAUGUGGCUUGCCUGCGCAUAGCGACGCCGGUAGAUCAGCUUCCCAGGAUCGACGCUCAGCUGGCGCAGUCGCAGCAUGUCGUCUCCAAGUAUUCGCUUCUCGCCAGCAACAAUAACCUACUUGCCGACGAAAAGGAGCUCGAUCAAUUCAUGACGCACUACGUUUUUCUGCUUUGCUCUUUUAAGGAGCAGCUGCAGCAGCAUGUUCGUGUUCAUGCGAUGGAAGCAGUAAUGGCUUGCUGGGAGCUCGAACAGUCUCUUCUCAGUCUGACAGGGGUGUCGCCUGGGGAAGGUACAGGUGCAACUAUGUCUGAUGAUGAUGAUGAUCAGGGUGACAGUGACACCAAUCUUUAUGAUGGAGGUUUGGAUGGACAUGACACAGGAGGAUUCGGACCCCUUAUACCAACAGAAACCGAACGUUCUCUUAUGGAACGUGUCAGACAGGAGCUCAAGCAUGAUCUCAAACAGGGAUACAAAGCACGAAUCGUUGAUGUAAGAGAGGAGAUCUUACGUAAGCGGAGAGCAGGAAAACUUCCUGGCGAUACCACGUCUCUGCUGAAGGCUUGGUGGCAAUCACAUUCAAAAUGGCCUUACCCAACUGAAGACGAAAAGGCAAGACUUGUACAAGAAACGGGCCUGCAACUUAAGCAAAUCAAUAACUGGUUCAUCAACCAGCGCAAACGCAACUGGCACAGCAACCCUUCUUCAUCUAACGUUUUAAAAUCCAAACGUAAGAGGUGAUGAGCCUUCAGUAGUAUGCGAUAGCAGAUCAACCUUGUACUUUACUUGCUUGGUACUUAAGCAUAUCUCACUGUACAAACAGUAUACUGACUCCUGCUUUCACUAUACAUUACCAUCCAAACAUGUAUCUGAGAUUGUAGCCUAAAUAUAUUAGAAGAGAAAUGUAUCAAAUUGCAGUGCCCUGAAGUGAUUGCAGGGGGGAAAUCAUAUUGAUUUCAACAGAGCUAAAGUUCCAAUGACUUUCUAGAGAAAAGGUGAGAUCACAGGGAAGAGGGAAUAAAUUUGUAAGAGUGUAUCACAAAAUUUGCUGCCUACAACAUAAUUUGACAUUCUCUUGUUAGAUAUAAUACGUUAGCAUCUAGUUCUGCGUAGAAAGAAGUCAAAAACCUACGCUUAUAAAUGUACAAGAAGCAUUAUGGAGAAUUAAGAAGCUCAAUAUAACAAUUUUUUUUUUCAUGCAUUGGUGGAAUGGGACAUGUAACCACUACAUCAAUUCAGCCUUCUUUUAUCAAUAAGAAGCUACAGAUCCAGGCGUGCAUAAAGGUAUCCACAACUCCACUAUACAAACUGUUAGUUCAGAGUCUUUAUCUAUAUGUUUAGAGGCUUACGAGGGCCUUUGGGUGCCCCAUUUCAUAUUAGUCUUUUGGGCCAUUCACUUUUAAAUAAUUGUUCAGGACUACGCAGUUCUGAAAGGUUUUAAGUUUAUAUCAUAGCACCCUCUUCUUGUGGCA